AUGGCGUUCAACAUGCCUUCAACAGGUUUUGUGGAUUCUGAGGAUAAACUGUCGCUCCCGGAGGAAAUGUGGCUUUACCGAAGGAACGAUGAGAAGAGCAUUAGUGAAGCCAUAAAGGUAGUCAACAAGUACGUACAGAUUCCCAGCUUUACCAUCCCCCCAGUAGGCGCAUCAACUACAACCGUCAUCUCGGCCUUUUUCCCACCACCAGCAGAUCGACCACUUCUACGUGCCCAUGGCCAAGAGAAAAUCCCGCGAUCGGUGGAUGACUACCGCGAUGGUAUCCGGAAGAUGGUUGCUGCUUGCCAGCACCUGAUCCUGUUCUUGCCUCCCGACGACUUUGCCGAGGAGGUUCGAGCAUUGAGUGGGAACAACGUGGUGAUAUAUGACCAUUAUACAACGCCAUGGGAUCUUCCACAUCUGAAGCAGAAGAAGGAGAGCUUCCACCGAACUCAAACAGAACUGGACCAGAGCAUAAGGACCACCUAUCAUGGGGAACCACAUUCAUGGGGCUGCUGGAAUGCGAAGACAUACUUUGUGCUCGAGGCCAUGAAGCGAGAUCCCUUCAGAACCUCAAAUUUCGUCUGGCUUGAUGCAAGAACACCAUUAAAGGGAUUACGAGCUUUUCCAGGAGACAUUGGUAUUAGUUCUGGGACGUGGCCACACCCUGAAGCGGUUGCCUCAAUGUACCGAGCCAUGAAAUACACAGACAGAGGUGUCGUCUGCUGUUCCUAUGACACAGGUCUCACUUCAGCAAGUGCACAAGCGGCUCCUAGCUUCGCGGAUGGAGCUAGCAAUGUGGUUCUUGACAAUGAGGGUGGACUAGAUGGCAUGAUCAGCAUAUGCGCUAAUCUGAUGUUUGGCGACAAGCGCAGUUUGGCUCGGCUUGCUCGUGCACAUCUGAUCGUGUUCGAGCGCGACUUUGAGAUGGGGUCAUACGUGGCACGAGAGGAGUUUCAACUGUCCUAUGCUCAUUACGAAUUUCAAGCCUUAUACCAAACUCUGGAACUGUUUCGGCGACGACCGCUAGAAAGGCCUAUGAAGACGAGCAUCCUGGCCUACAUGCUGCUGAGUAGGGCGGACUCUGACUGGUCUGGUUUGGGUCUAGACAAAGAUCCUGAGUUCUAG